GCUCCCGAGGGGCUCACACCAGUUAUCUUGCUGCCCCAGAAAGAUCGGAGAUGGCAGGUUUCCCAAACUGCGGCUUCCCCAGAUGUCUGCUCACCCUCAUUCUCCUCCAGCUGCCCCAGCUGGAUUCAGUUCCCUUUGACGUGAUUGGACCCCCAGAGCCCAUCCUGGCCGCGGUGGGUGAGGACGCCGAGCUGCCCUGCCGCCUGUCCCCGAACGCGAGCGCCGAGUCCCUGGAGGUGCGCUGGUUCCGGAGGACGGUGUCGCCGGCCGUGCUGGUGUACAGGGACGGGCGUGAGCAGGAGGCCGAGCAGAUGCCUGAGUACCGUGGGCGCGCCGCGCUGGUGCAGGACGGCCUCGCCGAGGGGCGCGUGGCCUUGCGGAUCCGCAGCGUCAGGGUCUCCGACGACGGGGAAUACACAUGCUUUUUCAGGGAGGACGGAAGCUACCAAGAAGCCCUGGUGCGUCUGCAGGUGGCUGCUGUGGGCUCUGACCCUCACAUCACUAUGCAAGUUCAAGAGAAUGGAGAAAUCCAGCUGGAGUGCACCUCGGUGGGAUGGUACCCAGAGCCCCAGGUGCAGUGGAGAAAUUCCAAGGGAGAGAAGUUUCCAUCUACAUCAGAGUCCAGGAAUCCUGAUGAAGAAGGUUUGUUCACUGUGGCUGCUUCGGUGAUCAUCAGAGACACUUCUGUGAAAAAUGUGUCCUGCUGCAUCCAGAAUCUCCUUCUCGGCCAGGAGAAGGAAGUAGAGAUAUCCAUACCAGCUUCCUCUCUCCCAAAGCUAACUCCCUGGAUAGCAGCUGUGGCUGUCAUCCUGAUGGUUCUGGGACUUCUCACCAUUGGGUCCAUAUUUUUCACUUGGAGACUAUACAAGGAAAGAUCCAGAGAGAAGAAUGAAUUCAGCUCUAAAGAGAAACUCUUGGAAGAACUCAAAUGGAAAAAGGCUACGUUGCAUGCAGUUGAUGUGACUCUGGACCCAGACACAGCCCAUCCCCACCUCUUCAUUUAUGAGGACUCAAAAUCUGUUCGACUAGAAGAUUCACAUCAGAAAUUGCCUGAGAAACCAGAGAGAUUUGACUCCUGGCCCUGUGUGUUGGGCCGGGAGGCCUUCACGUCAGGAAGGCAUUACUGGGAGGUGGAGGUGGGAGACAGGACUGACUGGGCCAUCGGCGUGUGCAGGGAGAACGUGAUGAAGAAAGGGUUCGACCCCAUGACUCCUGAGAAUGGGUUCUGGGCUGUGGAGUUGUAUGGAAAUGGGUACUGGGCCCUCACCCCUCUCCGGACCCCUCUGCCAUUGGCAGGCCACCCCCGCCAGGUUGGGAUUUUCCUGGACUAUGAAUCAGGAGACAUCUCCUUCUACAGUAUGAAUGAUGGCUCUCAUAUCUACACUUUCGACAAUGUCUCUUUCUCCGGCCCACUCCGGCCCUUCUUUUGCCUGUGGUCCUGUGGUAAAAAGCCCCUGACCAUCUGCCCAGUUGCCGAUGGGCCUGAAGGGGUCACAGUCAUUGCUAAUGCUCCGGAGCUUUCUAAGGAGAUCCCGUUGUCCCCCAUGGGGGAGGACUCUGCCUCCGGGGAUGCAGACACUCUGCAUUCUAAGCUCAUCCCUACCCAGCCCAGCCAAGGGACAUCUUAAAAAAAAUCCCAGCUCAUCUGUUUUCCUUUGCUCUUCUAACCCCUCUCCUCCGCAGUCUUCUGAAGCUUCCCCUGCCAGCUUCACCCAGCCUGUUUCUUCCUGUUGGGUGGUGGUGAAUUAAUCCUGUGAAGGUUGUCUUGCUGCUGCUAUAGAGGAAGAGGAUUGCACCUUCCUAAUCUGUUUCUGUACCAAUAUUCGGGGGAUGGAGGGGUAGAUGACUCAAAGUGCUUCCAGUGUUCUCCUCAUCCCUUAAGGAUAGAACCUAUAGUAAACUACUUGGAGCAAACUCAAAGGACAGUUUAGGGAUUGAGAUGGCGUCAGGUUAGCUUGGGGCUGUGGUUGAAAUGUCUUGGUAUCCAGGAUAAGGAUAUGUGGAAAAACGGGCUUUAGGCAAGUGGAAAACUCAAAAUGUGCAUCGGAAGGACAGUGUUAGGCUGAAGUCCCGCAGAGGACCUUGGAGGAAACUUGAUGCAGGGAAGUGAUGAACAUGAUGAACACCCACCCACGGAGUUUUUACAGCCUGUGUCUCAAACUUUCUAAGCCAUAUCCUAGAGGAUAGAAGAGACUGGCCCUACUUCUAUGGGUGCUAAGCUGUGGAAAAGGGGGAGCAGAGAGGAACAGACGAGCAGGGAUGAAGGGUCAGGCAGAAGUGUGAUAGACGAAUUUCUGACAAAACUCAAAAGCUGUUUGCACAGCUGUCCCUGUGUCCCUUUCCUUUCCCCGCACCCUCCUGUUGCUCCCUUGCCUGGAGGUCAUUCCACCCUCAGUCUGUUGACUCCGCAAGUUUCCAGUUGCCCUCUUCUUUUUGAUACAGAUCUCUGCAUUUCAAAGGCAUUCCUAGGAAUCAUUCUUCAGUGACACCAUCACUUGAUCAGCCACCAUCUCAGCCUUAUGCCCCCUCAGCCUUCAUCCCAAUGCCCGAACCCCUUACACACACCUUCGGUUAGCUUCAACCGCCUCCAGUUCCACUCCUUGCCACCUUUCACCCCAUCUGGCUCUCCUACAUGCUGCCUCUCCUCGGGGUCCCCUGAAUGCUACAUCAUUGUGCUCAGCACAGCUGGACUGAUUGCACCUCCGUAUUUGUCCCUGAGCAUGUUCCUGUAUACACGUGGCUUUUCUUGCCAGUGGACUCUAGGCUCACACCUUCCGUUUCCAUCAUAUUCUCCAGUCUCCAGGGUAGAUAUUGCUCAUUGUCUUUACCUAAUAAAUAAGUCUAUCUGACUGCUGAAA